CAAGAGUCGGGUCAUUAUCUAUAACGUUCCAGUUGACAGUCAGGCUGUUGAAUAAGACAACCUGUUUGAGGAAUGUCUGGACCCAGCGGUAGUCGGGUAUUUGUGGUGGGGGUGGGGCUGACAAAGUUUGAGAGGCCGCUGACAAAACAAUGGGACUACCCAGAUAUGGGCAGAGAGGCUGGUACAGCAGCACUGAAGGAUGCUGGGCUCACAUAUGACCAGAUCAAGUCAGUUGUGGCGAGCUACUGCUAUGGGGAGCCAACAAGCGGUCAGCGGGCGGUGUAUGAGCUGGGGCUGUCAGGCGUUCCCAUAUACAAUGUAAACAACAACUGCUCAUCAGGCUCCACGGCCCUCAUGAUGGCCCGUCGGCUUGUGCAGAGCGGCAUGGAGGACUGUGUAAUGGCACUAGGUUUUGAGAAGAUGGAACGAGGCCUGUCAGAGCGUUACACAGACAAGACAUCACCAGUGAAACGUCACAUGGACCACAUGGUUGACAUUGGCGCCAAGCCUGGCCUUAUUCAGCCAAGAAUGAACAGCAUGACAUCUGACGUCGUUAAAUUGUACGCUUAUGCUGCGCGAGAAUACAUGAAGAAAAAUCCACAAGUGACAGUUGAUGACUUUGUUGAAAUUGCAUAUAAAAAUCACAAACAGAGUGUAAAUAACCCUAAUGCUUCAAUAUCUAAGGAGAUUUCAAAGAAGGAUAUUUCAGGGAAGAUGAUGCUUUGUGACCCUAUUACGUUCUGGAUGUCGGCACCAGUUGCAGAUGGAGGUGCAGCAGCCAUUGUUUGUAGCGAGGAGUUUGUGUUGAAACACAACCUUCAAGACAGAGCUGUGGAGAUUGUGGCCCAGAACAUGGUGACAGACAUGCCGUCUUCGUUUGGUCGCAGUUUCAUGGACCUGUCUGGGGCGGGUAUGGCUCGCAAGGCGGCCGAGAAAUGCUUCCUGGAUAGCAAAAUGUCCCCUGCUGAUGUAGAUGUGAUUGAGUUACACGACUGUUUCUCAUGCAAUGAGUUGUUCAUGUAUGAGGCACUUCAACUUGCGCCUGAGGGGCGAGGCGCAGACCUACUGCAUAGUGGGGUAUGGAGGCAGAAUCGUGCGGGUGGGGAGCAGCUUCUUCUAGGGGGACGCUGGGUCGUCAACCCCUCUGGGGGCCUUGAGUCUAAGGGGCAUCCCAUAGGGGCUACAGGUUUGGCACAGUGUGCAGAGCUCGUGUCCCAACUGCGGGGGGAGAGUGGGAGGCGGCAGGUUGACGGAGCCUCGGUUGCCAUGCAACACAACUUUGGCAUUGGUGGCGCUGCUGUAGUAACGCUCUACAAGCAGUAUCGACCCACCGGGCGCCAAGCACAAGCUAGACUGUGAUAAAAAAAUACUUUUUUAAUGUUUUUAAGCAGUAUUUAUGGCAAAUUACAGUUGUCAAUAUACCAGUAUGACUGUUCUUUGAGAAACAUGACAUAAUUGUGUAUGAUAUUGUGAUCAAAAUUCACUGCACCAUAUGUUAUGAAGUAUAUAUUUGUUUUAUUGUGUAGAUUAGUGAUAAAUGAAGGUAUGUUGAUGCUAUUAAUAUAUGUAUAAUAUAUAGAGAGACAAUUUAUGUUUUAAUUUAUACUUUAUUUUAGUAAAUCAAUUCCAAUUCUUGCUUAAUUAAAGGUUUCUUUUCUGGGACUACAAACACGCUGCAUUUUUUAGUACCAGGGAUAAAGAAAACUCGCACAUGUAUGCACAUGUAGGUAUAAAAUUCUGUAACCUUACGUUUAGAUUAUGUCUUUAUCAAUGUUUCUUUGAAAUUGGUUGUAAAUUUAACACAAUAUGAAUAAAAAAAUUUGCUCUGUACUAUUUUCAA